AUUUUAAGACCCCGUUUGAGGAAAUCCACCAUGCGCUCCUUGUCAAUUUCCGAACCAUCUCCCCAGAAAAUUGUCGGCUCUGCCUGGAAGCCCUAAUUACAAAUAAAUGUGCUCUUUGGCGUCCCACUCAAGUUUUUUUUAAAAAAUCAAUCUUUAAAGCAAAAUAAAUCAUGCUGGCGGGGGAGACACACCUGCAAAUGCAUCCAAAUUACUUACUCCAUCCCUCCCUGCCUUGCCUUUCAGGCUAGGAAGGUGGAGACACCGUCAUCUGCAGGAUUGAUACGUGAAAGACAAAUGCCAGCCCAGGAAGGAGCCCAGGCCUGUGCCGUGAAGUCACAAUCGGUGGCCCAGCCGUCACAAGGCGAUGAAAACUCAAGCGGUGGCCCUCCGGGUGUUAAAUUAAGGGGAGGAAGCAGUGGGAAGGGGGCUACAGGCACAUGGACUAUAAUCCCGCCAGGCAUGCUGUUAGCUUCGUCCGGCCACUCACUCGGCUGAGGGUUGGCAAGCAGAAAACCAUCUUCGCCGGCACCUAUAAAAUCUGCAAACUUGCUGCCAACGUGCCUGACCUUGUGGUCUACGAGGGCGUGGACCGGCCCAUCCCUGAUGUGGAACAUUUCCAUGGAGUCCUGCUCUUCGCUGACAUUUCAGGAUUCACCAGUCUCACUGAGAUAUACACACUGAACAGCAAGAAAGGCAGUGGAGCUGACCACCUGACCAGGACACUCAAUGGAUACAUCUCAGAGAUUGUGGACCAUAUUCUUCGAGCAGGGGGAGACGUUGUGAACUAUGCAGGCGAUGCAAUGUUGGCACUAUGGAGAGAGCGAAGGAAAGAACUGAGUGAAAUUCUCACAUUAGCUGUAAAAUGUAGUCUAAAUAUCCAGGAUAAAUGUGAUAACAAGGAAACCGAAGUAGGAGUCAAGCUCAGAGUAAAAAUAGGUAUUUCAGCAGGAAAGCUUUCCAAAGUAGUAAUGGGUGAUGAAGAAUCUCGCUAUUAUGCAUUGAUUGGUCGAGCAGUCGAUGAAGUUCGGAAAGCUGAAGGACUUGCUUCAGCCAACACAAUUAUUUUAUCCCCAAAUGCAUGGGAACUGUGUGACAGAGAAAAUCUUGUUGUUGAAAAGAUAGAAAAUGAAAGAGCUGUGAAGGUGCGGUACAUUAAAAGGGACCCUCAUUUUUCAGUGGAAGACUAUAUAAAAUCUUUUGGAACCCAUUUGGAGUAUCAAGAAGUUGGCGUUAGCAAAAAGACAAUAAGAAAAACAUCAAGGUUAUUGCCAAAUGCACAACUUGAAUCUGUCCUUCGUAAAUAUCUCCUGAAAACAGUUUUACUAAAGAUUGAUGAUGCAGUGCCUUUGGAUUAUUUAUCUGAAAUGCGGCCUGCAACAGUGGUGUUUGUGAAUCUACAGUUUGUGGAAAAUGCAACCAUGUAUCAUCAGUGCCAAUCUAUACAGGCUUGUUGUGUUGGAAUUAACAAUGAAUUCAAACUUUAUCGAGGAAGAAUAAAUAAGGUCUUUAUGUUUGACAAGGGAUGUACAUUUCUUUGUUGUUUUGGCCUUCCUGGUGACAAAGGAGAAGAUGAAUGUGCAAAUGCUUUACAAAGCGCACAUAAUGUUCACGAAUUCUGUAAAAAACUUAGAUAUGUCAGUGUAGCAUCUAUUGGCAUCUCAACUGGUCCGCUAUUCUGUGGGGUAGUUGGGCACCCUCUACGCCAUGAAUAUACAGUGAUUGGCCGGAAGGUAAACUUGGCAGCACGACUGAUGAUGCACUAUCCUGGUGUGGUUUCUUGUGAUGAAGAGACACAUUAUCAUGCCAAGAUGCCAGCUUCCUACUUUAUAGAACUUCCCAAACGAUCUAUGAAAGGUGUGGCAAAUCCAGGUACCAUUUACCAGUACCUCUCCAAAAAGCACCAAAAAAUACUUGGGAAACCUCGAAUUACUGUUGAAAAGGAGGAAGAUUAUCCACUUUUAGGCCGUGACAAAGAGAUGAAGAUUUUUCAAAAGGCCCUGAAAAGGUUUAGCUCAUUAAAAGCCCGUCGUUCUGCUGACUGUUGCCAGGUUAUUAUGUUUGAGGGAAUGGUUGGGUAUGGAAAAAGCAGACUGCUAGCUGAAAUUAUCCACACCUCACAAGCAGAAGGGAUGAGAGUCAUACCAUUUGAACUGGGGAAAAUGGAUAUCACAGAGCCCUAUUAUACUAUCCAAACUAUGAUGGCUCUGCUACUGCAGGUGAACCACUGCAAAAGUUACGUAGAACGAGAAAGGGUUUUACUUACCAAGAUAACAAAACAUGAAUUAAUAGAAGAUCUAUGCCUUUUAAAUGAACUUCUUUUUGUAAAGUUUCCCGUUUCAGAAAAAGUCUCACUCAUGGACAGUAGGACCAAGCACAGGGCAUUUAGAAAUUAUGUGAUUGCAAUAAUCAAGCAGAGUGUUGCGACAGAUACAGGUCUACUAGUCAUUGAUCAGGUUCAAUACAUUGAUACACCAUCAUGGGAACUUAUCUUGCAAAUGCGUGCUAGUCUUCCUUUGUUCAUGGUUAUGGCGCUGAGACCAUUUACUGUAGAAAAGCCACCCUGUCAAGCUGCUAUAAUGGUCAUGAGGAGCCAAAGAACUCUCUAUGUCAAGCUUUCAGGCUUGGAUCCAAGUAUAAUCCGUCCACUUGCCUGCCAGAUCCUCGGGGUCAUUAGCAUUCCACGAGAGCUGGAGACGUUACUGACAGAACGCAGCUAUGGCGUACCAUACUACUGUGAAGAAAUACUUAGAAGUCUCUAUUAUAGUGAUCUCAUACUCCUGGAACCAUUAGAUGAGGAUGACGAUGAUGAAAGUGAUGCUGUAUUUGCUUACAGUAGAAAGAAGAUCACUGUUUCUUCUGAUUCAGUUUUGCAAAGGGAAAACAGAAAAAAAAGCAAGUUAUUAAAUAUUUCUGGUGUGGAAGGGCAAAAAUGCCGCAAAGUAAUAACACUAGACCGAAAAGCUGCCGCUGAAAAUCAACAGUUUAUAUGUACAAUUGGAGAAACAGUAAAUCUACAGGAAAUUACAAUUCCGCUUACACUUAAAGGUAUAGCCUUAGCACAACUUGACCAAAUGAAUACAACGGAGCAGGUGGUUGUUAAGUGUGCAUCCAUCAUUGGACAUACUUUCACCACUAAAAUGCUUCGAUAUAUCUUACCUGAAGGUGCUGAACAAAAAUUGAAUCAAUCACUUAUCUCUUUGGUAAAAUCACGAACACUUGAGUGUGCGUCAAAGACUGAUGAAGGUUUUACUUCACCGAUGAAUGAAAACGAAGAUGCCCAUCUCCUUCAGUGUUUCUGUAUCCAUAGUCCAGAAUCUGAAGAACAUCUACAUGAAGAUGACAGCGAUGAGAAAGAACCAAACAAAGAGAAAAUUGUUCUGUGGAGAUGCAAACUGAUGAGAUUCUGCAUUGCACUUGUGCAUGAAACAGCGAAUGAUCUAUGGCUAAAGGAACAGAAAAAAUCACUUCACACAAAGUGCACUAAAUUUCUGGAAAAUGCAGCUCACAAGUGCAACAGUUGUGGAGAAGGUGACUUCAUAUAUCAGCACCGAAAAAUGGUAACAUUUGCAGUUCGUGAAAGUGAAAGCAUCACCCAAAGACGAAAAGACCUAUAUAACACAGUUAGUCAUGCAACUGUAGCAAGUCAUUCUAUAGAUAGUCAGCAAGAGCUUGAUAUUAAAGACUUAUAUCCGAGCUCAUCCUCUGGACUGCAAGUGGACACAUCAAACAUUAUUGGUCCAAAGACCUCUAAGAAUUCUGAACAAGCAUCUAGCAGCACCACAGAGAUUCUGGUGGCAGCUGGUGGAAUAUAUCCCAGACUCCUUGUACGGAGAUCCAUAUGCAUAAAAUUUCCAGUGAUCCAAAGCAUGGAAGUGCCAGCUGGCAGUCAUGAUUUUGAAUUCAUUGCAAAGAUGGAUAUGGUCCUCAAAGAGUGCGAGGGGAAGGAUAACCUUUAUGCCAAUGACUGUGAAUGUAAACAAAUAAUGGAUUCUGUUUACUGUCCCCUGGUUCGUCACUGGAUGGGAGCUGGAAAUGUGACUAAGACAUUCUUCUAUCUACUUGAAACUGCGGCAGCUGCUUUGCAUUUAUCCAAUAACUUGAUGGCCCUGUCUUAUCUAACAGAAGCAGAGAAUAUCCUUAAUUCAUUACGCAAAGGCAAGCCACCUUUUGAAUAUGCUGAUGUCACAAAGGACACUAAGAUUGUUCCUUUUGAGAAGGCCUGUUUAUAUAGCCUCAAAGCAGAGGUACAACUUGGUAUGGGCCAUCUUCUAGAUGCAGAGAUCCUGUUUAAGAAAAGCUUAGCACUGCUGAACAAAAAAUUUCCAAGCUUCGCUGUAUCACAAGCAAUUGCAUAUUUAAUCGAAAACUACAAAAAUUCUCAGAGACAUCGUGACAAAGAAGAGCUAACAGGCAUUACUGAGGGUGAAAUAUCACCCAUCAUUUAUCAGCAGAUUCGAUGCCUAUCGUUCCUAUGCCAGAUAUACUGCCUUCAGAAACACACAAUGUGCAAAUUGCCAGCAAUGUUCGCAAUAUUACUGGAAAUGAACAUAGCAGAAAUCUGCAACAAUGAAUUUAAGAUUAUUUCUGCAUACAUUGAUUCUUUCCGUUGUUAUCAUUUUUUCGGUCUUAAAGAGAAGAGUAUAAAAAUGGAAAAGUUAGCUCUCCGAAAGUGUCUUGUUCUUAACAAGGAUCAGGAGGGAUUACUAAUGAUGGGUCAUUUAGUAUGUGCACUUUCAGAAAUGAAGCUCUGCACUGGACAGCUUGCUGAAUCUAUUGAGUAUGGACGUCUGGCGCAUAAAAUUGCUGGACUAAUAAAUAAACCCAAUAUUGAUGUCGUCACAAUUCCUUUUCUGACCAAAGCGUUGUUACUCACUGGCAGACGUUCAGAUUAUGUUGAGCUAAUGACAUACAUGAAAGACUUUUCAGUCUCACGACACAACAUACUUGGACAGGCAUCAUUUUAUACAGCUUGCCUUGAUUUUUCUCUUCAAGAAGGUUUUGCACUGAGGCCAUUUGAUGAAUGCCUUGCUUUUAUCAAUGGAGUAAUUGAUGAUCCUAUUAUAAAGUCUGAAAAGAACUUGAUGCUUGUGCUUCAUUCAUCAGUAGCACUCUGGUAUUCCAGAUUAUCAGAAUGGAGCAAAGCGCGUCUAGCAUUUAAAAUGGCAAAGCGACUGGUAGCCUACUCAAACGCUUCACUGUUCUCAAUGUAUGGCUAUUCCAAAUUUUUGGAGUGUCAGAUUUUAGUGUUUAGAAAGGCAUUGUGGGAAAGUCAGGACACCGUAAUGGAAGUCUACCAACAGACAAAAGAGGUUUGUUUCUCUCAUAUCAUAUUUAGGUUCUCAAUUAAUUGUCAAAGAUGGUUGAAGGAGGAAUAUGCCAUGCUACUGUCAUAUCUACGAGAAUUCCAACAACGAUGUAACACCUGCCCAGUUUUCUACCCACGACUCUUUCACCUUAAAGCUUAUUGCUAUAUGUUGGCUGGCCAAGUGGGACAUGCACGCCGUCUUCUUGAACGUGCUUUAAGUUUUAGCAAUGCACAUGGAAAUGUAUUAGAAGAAAAUUGGAUAAAGAUAAAUGAAGUAAGUGUUAUCUAUUAUUGACCGUCUAAAUUUAGACUGAUUGUUGACAAAGUAAGUAAUCUGUUAAAAGGAGGAAAUGCAGAUUUAAGCUUAUAAAGUAAACAUAAAUCAAAAAUCUAACAUUCUCCCUCUCGGUGGCUUUAUUUCCCUUACACAUUUCGGGCUGUAUACAUCCACAAGCUAUAAAGUAUUUAUCCAUUCAAAUUCCUAACUUAUGAUUUCAGAUAUGCCCAUCUCCCUUUUCCCGUAUUUUACUGAUCUUGCUGACAAUCCUUUCAUUGUUUGUCUAAAGUCAACCAGAAUUCAAGGUUAAUUUUGCACUUCUACUCAAAUGUACAAUCAAAUUGAUAUGCUGAGAAAACUGAGCUCCAGAUUUCUGCAAAGUAUUUUACAGCAGUCAUCUAUUACAAUGGUUGAGCCAAUGCAGCAAUUUUCACAACUAUCUAGAGGUAGGUUUCAGAGAUGGUUCAGUCAAUAGACUCCAGGGAAGAGGGGAUUUUUGUAUGAGAUAAGGAUGGAUAGAAUAGGCUUGUAUCCAUUAGAAUUUAGAAGACUAAGAGGUUAUGUUAUUGAAACAGUAAGGUUCUGAGAGCAAUUAGCAGAAUGGAUGGUAAAAGAUGUUUCCCUUUGUUGGGGAGUCAAGAACUAGUGAACACAGUUUAAAAACAAGAAGUCUCCCAUUUAAGAUAGGCAGAUGAAAUUACACAGAUAGGCAAAUACAAGACCAAGCAGGGGUUUGAAGACAGUGUGAUAAUUUCAGAAUGUAGACAUUUCUUAAACAGUAUUAUGGUACACCUUUUGCAAGUUUUCAAGAAAUCUUCAGUGAGCUGCUAAGGUGCAGCCUUUAGACAAUGAAAAAAACAAAGAACAAAGAAAAUUUAUGGCCCAG